GCUGUCCCGUUGCCUCCAGCUGUCGUCUGGAUUCUCGAGGGCGGACGUGCUCGUCCUGCGCGAUCCGCGAUGACAGAAACGAACGGUGCCGCAAAUCUUAACACGAAGAACGGCAAUUUUAUCUGCGGUGUUGUGGAAGGUUUCUAUGGACGACCAUGGACCACCGAGCAGCGAAAAGAUCUUUUUCAAAAAUUGAAAAAAUGGGGAAUGGACUCUUACUUGUAUGCGCCAAAAGAUGAUUAUAAACAUCGUGCUUAUUGGAGAGAUCUGUAUACAGUGGAGGAAGCUGAACAUUUGACUGGUCUAAUUACAGCUGCUAGGGAAUAUGGAAUAACUUUUUAUUAUGCAUUAUCUCCUGGAUUAGAUAUCACAUAUUCCAGUUCGAAGGAAGUCACCGCUUUGAAAAGAAAAUUGGAACAAGUCAGUCAAUUUGGUUGUACAGCAUUUGCGUUGUUAUUUGAUGACAUUGAGCCAGAAAUGAGUGAAGCCGAUAAAGAAAUAUUUCAGUCAUUCGCACAUGCUCAAGUUUCUGUCACAAACGAUAUUUUCCAACAUCUUGGCCAACCUCGUUUUCUUCUGUGCCCUACGCAAUAUUGCGCAACACGUGCGAUGCCAAAUGUCGCAUCUUCAGAAUAUCUCAACACUCUGGGAAGUAAAUUAGCUCAGGAAAUUGAUAUAAUGUGGACCGGAUCUAAAGUUAUAUCGAGACUUUUAACAGUGGAGUCCAUUGAAGAAAUCACAGAAGUGCUCAGGAGACCGCCUGUUAUUUGGGAUAAUUUACAUGCCAACGAUUACGACCAGAAAAGAGUAUUUCUUGGACCAUAUUCUGGUCGUUCUCCUGAUCUUAUACCUAAGCUUAGAGGAGUUUUAACUAAUCCUAACUGCGAAUAUGGAGCAAAUUUUAUAGCAAUUCAUACAUUGGCUCAAUGGAGCAGAUGCAACGUGGAUGGAAAGAGAGACCUAAGUCUAAAUGAUACUGUAUCAGCGGAUAUUAAAUUAGAAACCGAGACAGAGGAUGGCGUUCUUGGUGAAGAUGUUCCGUCAACAUUAUCACCAAACAUGUAUCACCCUCGACAUGCUUUGAAAAAUGCAAUAAGUGAAUGGUUAUUAGAGUUUGACAAGAAAAAAGCAGCUUGGGGAGUAAUAGCCAAACCGCAACCAUGUGUUGCGCCUACGAUACCUAUUCCAAUUAUUCCCUCCGUGAACACGUGUAUGAGUCUUACAUCAACGACAACAACCACAGUUCCUGCCACGCCUACGCCUGGGACGAAUUCUAAUCAUCUUCAAGCAUUGGCCGAAGUUUGCUCAAGUGUGACAGGCAGCGAUAGCUUUGUACCUCCAUCUGGACCUGUGAUGAAUUCUUUAGUGUCAGAUAUAAAAGUAAUCAGCGAGCCUGUUCUGACUACGUUAACCAGCAAUAUGAGCAAUGAACCACCCUCAACAGGAUUGUCUUCUAUAGAACCUAUGGACUGUAAUACCACUCCAAACAAUUCUCCGGCGCAUGUAGCAAAAAUUCCAGCGGAGGAUGACGCUAUGGUAGAUAACUCUUCUACAUGUAGCGAAGCUUCUGGAAGUAUGCAAGUAGAAGUGGACGGCGUUUCUCCCACAGUCAAUGGUACACAAAUGAUUAUAGAAAAUGAUAGCGAAAAUCACGAAAGUUCCGACAACGCGGAUACAGUAUCACAGGAACCUAUAGAUAUUGAAAAACAACUUACGCAUGAGGAUCUGUCACUCUUGUGUGAUCUGUUUUACUUGCCAUUUGAGCAUGGAGGUCAAGGAAUUCAAUUGCUGCAAGAAUUUAAUUGGUUGAAAAGCAACGCUUAUGUUGUUAUGAAAAAAUCUAAGGAAGAAGAACACACAUCUGAAUCAGAUAUUGAAGAAUGGCAUCUCCGUGCAGCUAAAUUGAACGACAUGUGUAAUGCGGUAAAUAGAUUAUUCCAAAGACUCACGUAUUGUAAUAAUCGUGAGUUACUGUACGAUUUGUACGCGUACGUAUGGGAUAUGAGAGGAGUUGUGUCUCUCCUAAAUAGUUACGUAAAAUGGCUAGCGUUUGGCAGAUUCCCAUCGGCGAUGACGACGUUUACCCAGGGCAGCUACACAUGGUUUUCAAAUGGUUGGAAAGAAACAUUUAUGAGUGGAGAACAGGAACCCUGGGUUUUUCGUGGUGGACUUACGGCUGAUUUACAGAGAUUAAUCCCAGUUGAUAGUGGUAAUGACUUAUUUGUCUAUAAAGCACCGGAAGUGCCCAGUAGUAAGAUAUAUACAAUUCGGCCGUACUUACCAAGUGAUGAAGAGGCAGUUUAUGCGGUGUGCAACCAAAUUAAUAAUUGUACGACUUCAUCAGCUGUAGCAGACAGACUUAUCGGGGGAUUUUUAACGUUGACUCCAGAGUUAUGUAUGGUUGUUGAGGAUGAAAAUGGUGUAGCAGGUUAUGCAGUGGCUACGUUAAAUGUAAAAUCUUACAAUCAAAAAAUGGCUGUUUCAUGGAUUCCUGAAUUGCGAAUGAAAUAUUCUUUAGACAAUAGCAUUAACGAAUUGCCACAAAACGUUCAAGAUGCUAUACAGUACUUCCAUUCAUUUAUUCCGGAUGUGUCGGAACAAUUGUGCAGACAGCAUCCGUCGAAACUUAUAUGCGGUAUACUACCCAGUGUGUCAGAUCAGUCUAUUUGUAAACGUUUAGUAACCUGUGUUCUUGCAGCUUUAAGAGCAAACGGUUCUUUUGGAGUACACACAACGAUGUUGUCAACGGAUAAAGAAUCUCAUGAAUUCUAUGGCAAAUUGGGCUUCGUUGAUUUAAAUCCGGCGCAUGAAGAAUAUCCUGGAAUCAAAACUAUGUGUAGAAGUUUCUAACAGAGAAUCAAUGCUCCCAUGAUUUUCAUCAACAAAGUAUAUUUGCUUGAACCAUCUCCUAGGAAAACGAUGGUUUCUUAGGAUUGCUGCUAAAAUACAGAAAUAAUAGUAAUAAAAUUAAACGCCUUUAUU